AACUCACAGCAACCCAGUGAUUCCGGCCAUGAAAGCCUUCGACAACACAGUCGAAAUGCCCCUCCUAGAAUUCGAAACCCUAGAAUUCUAUUGGAUAUUGCCAUGGCAGCUGUGGUGUGAUGUCAUAGGGUAGCCCGCCUUGCUCUCCUUCCAGAGUCUUGAUGGCAUUCCAAAGGGUUCUCUUAGGCAACAAUUGCUCAGAAGAGGUUCUGUUGGUAUUGCCUACAACACCUGGUGUUGGUUGGUGGUCUCCCAUCCCUGUGCUAAUCAGGGCUAACCCUGCUUAGCUUCCAGGGCCAGGCAGAAUCUGGUACUUUUAGGGUAAAUGCCCCAGGGUUUAUAGAGAACCACUCCAUUAGAAGGACAGAGAUAUUUCACCUGAGAAGCUUAUUGGGAACUGAACUAGAAAACAAUCUGGUGGCCACUAGUUCUCCAUUCCUAGUUUACAGCAUAACAUGGACAGCGACAUAAAACUGUAACUUUUGUUAAAGAUACAGGAGCCUUUAUAAUAGGAAAAGGAGGUAUUCUUGCCUUCUGCUUUGUUUUUCCCCCUGCUUUGAGUCUGGCUGUAUGAAAACACCAGGCCUGCUUUGGAGCUACUGUGUACCUUCAGAGCAGCAUGUUUGCUCCAGCAGUGCAGAAGGGCUGCUCUGAAAGCAUGUAUAGAGCAGCUAUCAAAGGGAAACAAAAGUUAUACAUUCACAAAUGGUUAGUCGGGGACCCUAAUGCAUCCUGUUGUAGUGUGAUGAAUUCCUAGCAUUCAUUUUUUGGGGUGUAGCCCUUUCCAUCCAAUAAAAAUAAACUGAAACAGUGUUAUUUCUAUUUGGCUUGCCUAAGGAAAUGCAAGCUAAACACGUGGGAAUGGCUAAGGUGCAGGAUUCUUCAAAGUACUGUUAUUCCUAUGUUUCCCUCAUCAAUUAAUGUCCUGAAAGGCAGCUUCAAAGGAAUCCCUGGCCUACAUUUUUUGAGGGUUUGCAAGAGGUGGCGUCGCUUGGUGCGGGACAAGUUUCUGUGGAGACAUUUGGAUCUAACUUCCUACAAGGUGUCCUCCAAGGUCUUGUGGUAUCUACUGAGGAAUUAUCUGCGAGGCACUGUGCAGACCUUGAAGGCCCAGGGAUCCCUUCACUCCAUUCGGAAGCAAGAUGUAUUUACCCCAGCGUUGAUGCAGGCCUUGGGCAAGCAAUGCCCUAAUCUCCACAACUUGUGCCUGACCAGGACAGAUCUCCGUCCCCUCCCCUAUGAUUUUCUCCCCUCCUCUCUCACAACCCUGGAACUGAGCUUCUGUGAGAUCCCUUCAGUGUGGUUCCAAGUCCCAGGAGCUGCCCCGGCCUGCAAGGAUUUCCCAAGGAUCCAACAUCUGAUUAUCCAGAAUGUCCCUGCUUUCUCCAACCAGCACCUCUUUAACAUCUCAAGACAGGGCACUCUUAAGACUCUUGUCUUGUCCAAGACCUACCGGGUAACAGAUGUGGGGAUUCAGACAGCAGCACCCCAUCUGGGAGGCCUUGAGCAUCUCACCUUGCUCCACACUCAAAUUGGCAAUUCAGCCAUGCACUUCAUUGGGCGCCACAUGAAGUGCUUGCGCAGCUUACACCUUGGGGGCACUGAUUUUCUGACAGAUGUUGGCCUCCCUUCCUUAGCCAGCUUGCCAGUUUUGGAAGACCUCUGCCUGGACUCCUUCAGCAAGCUUUCUCCAGAGGCCAUUGUAGCACUUGCUCAGGCCCUGCCUCGGCUAAAGCGUCUUGAUUUAGGCAGCACAGGGUCUGAUGAUACAGUACUCCACAGAAUCCAUGCAGUCUUGCCAAAUUGUGCAGUGGCCACACUGGCCAGCACUACCUCCAGUACCAAUUCCAGUAUAGGGUCAUAAACUUUAGCUCAGUGGUUCUCAACCUGGGGUCCCCAGAUGUUUUUGGCCUACAACUCCCAGAAAUCCCAGCCAGUUUUCCAGCUGUUAGGAUUUCUGGGACUUGAAGGCCAAAAACAUCUGGGGACCCCAAGCUGAGAACCAUUGCACAAGUUCAGUCUGUGCCUAUUCUUCAGAAGGUCAAAAGAUGGCGAUAUUGGGAAGCAUCCACUUAGCAGCAUCCUGUUGGAGGUAGAACAGAGCUACUAUCUGCAAAAGUAGGUACUGUCACAUCCCCAAAGAUGGCUCUGUUUCUCAGACCAUACUCCCAAUAUUAGUAUUAGAGAUUUCUCCUGACUUUGGUGUGAAGAGUAGGAAAUGAAUUGAGGAAGAAAUAAUAACUUCAGCAAUAAAUGCUGGAAGAUUAUGAGAUUAUGUGUACUGAAUACAUAUAUAUCAUUGUUCUCUUCAAAUCUUCAUGCAAACUCAGUUCUGGAUUCUUAGUUCAUUAUUCAAAUUAUCUCUGUCUCCUUUUAAGCCAUCCUUUUCUCCUCCUACCUUUUGACUGGAACGUGUAGCCUUUUUAAUGGGAAAUCUGCUUAUCUAAAAUUUCAGGUUCCUGAACAUCACAAGUCAUAAUAUUCCUGUCUGUUUUUAAAACACCAGCCUCUCUGCCUAAUAUGCCAGCUCUUUGGGCUAGUACAUGUAGGUUUUUGCCUUUAAUGAAUUACUUGAAAGCUGUAUUUUAAGACUAUUUCUGAUCAUUAAUGUGCUUUAAAAUUAUAACUAAUGUAAUAACUGUUUUUGUACAAUGUAAUGAAAUAUAUUUUAACAUUAAAAUAUGUUGUUAUCCUAUAA